AUGGGAAGGAGAAAUGCAAAUUCAUCUAAGCUUAAAGAAAAUGAAUACUAUGUUGAAGAAAUUGUUUCUAGAACAUUAAUUGAUGGUAAAUAUAUGUAUGAAGUAAAGUGGGAAGGUUAUCCUUCCUCAGCCAAUACUUGGUGCGCCGAAGAAGAUUUUACUGAUAAAAAUUUUGUUCGGAAAUUUAAUAAAAUGUGCGAAGAAAAGGAGAGAAAAAAAAAUUUGGCUAAUAGAAGAUCUCGAUCUUAUAUAAAAAGGGGAUCUAACAAGAAAACAAAAGAAAAAUGCAUUGAUUUAGAUAAAAAUGAAAGUGAUAUAAAAGAUGAGACAAUAUUUUUUCCUACUUCAAGUAGAUGUCAAAGUCGGAAUUCAACAUAUAUAUCUCCUUCUAGAGAAAAUUCUGUAAAUAUGGAAAAUGAUGACGACAUUUUAAGUUCAGAAAUAAGUGAUGAAUACAAAUUAUUUUUAGAGAUGGCUUUAGAGAAGGGAUUGAAAAUCGGAAAAUUGGCAUUUGACGACGUUAAAUAUGUUUUUUCUAAGUUUUGUCGAUAUAAAGAUACAAAAUAUCUUAUUCAGGUGGUUGCAGGAGAUAUAUUACUUGUAGGACCAGAUCAAUUAAUUGUUGAUAAAACGUUAGAAGAAGAAUUAAAAGAAGCCGAUUAUAGACAUGAAGUAGCUCUAGGUAGUUAUCCAUCAACUUUCUCCCAUUCCAAAUAA